UUCAGUCAAAAUAUUUACAAAAUAUUUAUUUUUUUGGCUUUAAUUCCUGUGUUAUCUAUAAGUGCAUCAUCCUGUUUCUAUCAAUAUAUAAUAAUUUUAUUUUGACACAUUUUGAAGUACAUGUUGGCAGUAUUUGGCUGUAGACAAGACGCAAUAAGGCUCAAGAAAGCAUAGAGCUUUUUUCCCCAGGUAGGAUCCCCUAGACUUCCCUAUAAGGUUCUGGGCUCAGCCCCCAAUGUUCUCAGUCCCAAGAAACGCCCCUGUAGUGAGAUACUGGUGUACUGUAUUCUCUGUAUUUGCCCAUUCAUUUCAGUGUCCCAGGAGCCAUUGCAUACUGCAUUAACACAUUUUCAUUCUCACCAGCUAACUGCUAACUUUGCCUGUCUCCUGUUUGGUGCUGGUCAGGAAGCACACCGCUUAUUCAAAGUUCAUGAAAGCAGUGAAGGUGAACCAAGGCAGCGAAGGUUUGACCACAACAAUCAGCUAAAAGAUGCUCAAAUGCUCUGUGGAGCUAAAGGUGACUGCAGAGUCAGAUCAUUUUCUGUGGGUUCAUCACUUCGAGCAACCCCAUGCAGUACAUAGUCAUUUAAUUCAUAUGAAAAUAAUGAUUGACGAAGAUUUAAGUAUUUCUACUCCAAUGUGUAAUACAAAAUGCUUAACUAAUCUUGAUUACUUUGACUCAAGUAGAGUUUGAAACCUAUCAGAGACAAGUCAUUGUCAAAACAGAGUCAACGGGGGUGAUGUAGUUUCUCCUAAACUGACACUCACACAGACCAGUCCGCACAGCCAGUAUCAGUGCCAAUGAAAACAAGCUGCCAACAAGCCACACCUCUCCCAGAGAAUAUAAAAAUAAAUGAGCGGGAUACCUUUGUCAGUUUGAGCGGGAGAAAAUGGCAUACAGUAAGCCAGCACUUGAUCGACUGGGAUUGUCCAUUUGUGGCCAUCAUGACAAACUUCUGGAGAUCUACUGCCGCACUGAUCAGCAGUUCAUAUGCCAGCUGUGUGUGAUGGAUGAACACAGAGGCCAUGAUACGGUGGCAGCAGAAAUGUGUGCAGAAAUGAAGAAAAAACUGGAGCGGACUAAACAGGAAAUAGCAGACAGAAGGCUGACUUUAAAAAGGAAAAUGUUGGAGGUGACAAAGGCUAUAGACUCUAUAAGCGAUGCUGCAUGGGAGGCGUGUGAUGACUUUGAGCAAAUGUGUUGGGAAAAAAUUCGCUCUGUGGAGAGGAGGCGUUCUGAGAUGAGAGAGAAGGUCGGAGAGGCAGGGAAAGCUGGAGUGGACUGGACCAACAAUCAUCUCAGGAAACUGGAGCGUGAAGUGUCAGAGCUGAGGAGGAGAGAGGAGAAGCUCAACCAGCUUUCUCUGACAGAGGACCCCGUUCAGUUUCUGGAGAGUUUCCAGGCCCUGGGUGACCUCCCUGUGUUCACAGACUCAUAUGAUGGACUUGACAUGCUGUCAGAGUUUGUCACUGCAAGGAAAAAUGAAUUGAAAAAUAUGUGUGACGAAGAAAGGAGAGAAUUGUUCGGUCAUUGGGAAGAAAAUCGGUUGUCAAAAAUGCCAAGGAUGCGUGAGAUAAUACCAUUAAGGAAAUACUUUUUGACCAAAUACAAGAACUCCACGGUGGAGGUGGAUCCCAACACAGUAGCUGCAUGUCUCUGCUUGUCUGACAAAAACAGAGAGAUAUCGUGGGGUGAGAGGGACCAGGCUCAUCCUGAUCACCCCGACAGAUUCACCCUCCUUCACCAGGCUCUGUGCAAAAAUAGCCUCACGGGCAUCCACUACUGGGAGGUGGAGUGGGAUGGUGGCGAUGUCGAUUUGGCCGUGUCGUACAAAGGCAUUAAAAGAAAGGGCUCAGGGAAAGAAUGCGGUUUUGGCCACAAUAAUCUUUCCUGGAAAUUAAACUGCACUUCGUCCGGCUGCAAGUUUUGGCACAACAAUCUCCACAGAGGCCGAAUUCCCCCGGUUCUCUCCCGCAGAGUGGGCAUACAUCUGGAUUACAAGGCAGGAACACUGGCCUUCUACAGUGUGUCUGACACAUUGACACAGCUGCACCAAGUCAGGACCACCUUCACUGAACCGCUCUAUCCUGGGUUCUCUGUUGAUUUGGGAGCAACACUGAAAAUAUGCAAGAUGUAAACCAGUCUACACAUGUAAACCUGUCUCAAUACAUGAGUUAGAGAUACGUAUGCAUAGAUUAAUACAGCAAUUAACAGGCAACAUAUUGAGUCACUUUGUACUGAGAAUCUUGAUUACGACUCAAAAAGUGGAAAAAGGAAAAUUCUGCUGUAUUUUCUGAUGAAUUUAACAUAGUUUCAUUUGAAUGAUUGAAGAUGAUUGGAACAUAUUUCUUUUUUUCUGUUCUUUAUGCUGUUUGGUGGAAUAAUCUUCCUUCAAGCCUAAAAUGUAUCUUCAAAAUGGCAUUGAAAAAAUGGUUUCUAAGUAACUUGUGGUUUGAUUUAUGUUGUGAAGAGAGCUUGGAACAUGCAGCCUGCAUUUGUUUAGUCUUGUGCCAGGGUUUCAUUUUUUGUCUCACAUCUUGUUGUAUGUUGGGAUCAGAAUGUGUUUUCCUUGAUGAUUAUAACCAUUGCUGUGCUUUCUCUAUAUUUUCAAUCAUCAAACACAUUAAUUAAGAGUGUCUUUGCUUCAGCUUUAUAACUCAAAUAAAGGAGCAUGCUUUGCUUA